AUGACGCAAUAUUGCAUAGUAAAAAAUAUAAAAGUAGGGAUUAAUCAAGUUUUAUUCUGGAGAACUUGGCGACAGUAUCAGAAAAAUAAAGAUAGUCACAAUAUAUUAACAAAUUCACUAUCUAAUUCUAUUCAACAUAUUUCAACUUCUUCAGCAAUACAAACUACCAUAAUAUUCAAUACAUUAAAUUAUUAUUCAGAAUUAAAUAAUGAUUAUAGAAAUGAAAUAGAUUUUUUCAAUGCAAAUGAAAUAGAUUCUUUCAAUGCAAAUAAAAUGAAUUUUUUUGAUGAUCAAAAUAAAAUGAAUUUUGAUGUUGCAAAGUUAAAUAUAAUGGAAUCAUCUUCAGUAAAAAAUAAUUCACUAUCUCAAGAAUGUAGUAAAAAUAAUAAUUCUAAACAAAGUGAUAAUAUUAUUCAAAAUAUCGAGGAAGAAAUUGAUAUUGAUAAGGAAACUGACAAAGAUUAUAAUAAAAUUACACCAUCUUUAUCAAAUAUUAAUAAUUUGGAUAUCUUUUCAAAACUAUCAUAUAAUCCAAUACAUAUUUUAUAUAAUCCUCUACUGUUGAAAGAAAAUUACAUAACAUAA